AUGGCGCUGGCUAAGAUUAUUUGGAGAAUCAACACUGACGGCCUUGGGGAUGAGAGAAGUCAAAGGAGAAGGGCCGUACCAGGGAAGUGGAUGGGUUCCAACGGUUUCCACCUCCCUGCACCCAGGAAAGCCAAGAUUGGCAUGAAUGAAUAUGCUUUCCAAGCCUUGGCUUUUCUUGAGAUCAAGAAGAUUUUGCCUUGUAUUUUUGCAUGUACAGAAAUAAGAACAAAAAGCACAAAUAUAUAUUCAAUUUUUGCACUAAGUUUUGGGCUGCUUAUACAACUUAGAAAUAUUUCUCUAUGUAUCCAUCUAUCUAUUGUGAGGAGGUGCAGCACGUGGGAGUUGCUACCGGAGCCGAAUCCAGAUUGGAGUUGGAACCAUGGAGAUGCAGAAGGAAACCCUUCUUUCCUACCGCCCGCUAACGCACCGGCCGGCAUGGCGCAGUUGGAGGCUGCGCGGUACCAGUCCUACGGGGAAUUCUGCUCUGGGUCCUCCAGUCUCAGUGGCCGCUGCUGGGCCGGCUCCCUCUGCCUUUUUAAGGACCCCUGUGGCACCCCUAAAGAAGGCUUCUGCUCUGCUGGAGCCCAGAUGGAGGCUGGAGUGGCUGACCUCACUUGGGCGGAGGAGAGAGUUAUCAUAGCGGCUUCUGAUUCAGGUGCUGGUGAACUGUGGGAGGUGGAUGAGAACAAGCCACUUAUCGUCAGCAAGUUCUGCAAGUAUGAGCAUGGAGACACUGUGUCUACCCUCAGUGUUCUGGCUGUCAGCGGCAGCAAAGACUUCAGUAUCAAGGAUUGGGACCUUGUUCAGCAGGUGGCACUGAAUUCAUACCGAUCUCAUGCUGGGCAGGUCACCUGUGCUGCUGCCUCUCCCCGCAAGGACUGUGUGUUUCUUUCCUGCAGUGAAGACAGUAGAAUUUUAUUCUGGAAUACUCUCUGUCCCAAGCCAACGUCACAGGUGGGCUGCAGUGCCUCUGGCUGCCUUCCCACCUCACUGGCUUGGCAUCCUCAGCAAAGUGAAGUCUUCAUCUGUGAUGAGAAUGGGACUGUCUCCCUUGUGGACACCAAGAGAGGGAGAGGUGCCCUUGGCUCAGCUGUACAAGACCAAUGUGUCAUUGGGCUGGUGUUUUCCUCACACGGUGUUCCCUUCCCGGGCUCUUACAGCGAAGAUGGCUCACUGGCUGUGCUGGACUCCAGCCUUACUGAGGUCUUUAGAAGCCGAGGCCACAGUGACCUUGCGAGAGAUGCUGCUUGAUCCCCACUCAAUCCCUUUCUGCUUACCACAAUGGGCUGGGACCAUCAGGUCGUCUGCCAAGUGCCCACAGAACCUCUCCCAGCCCCUGGACCUGAGAGCGUUGCUGAGUAGAUUGGACUUAAGACAAACAGCAAGUCCCCCAUGAGAGUCCACUUCU